GUCACACGUAUAAGAUCUGUCUACUCUGUCAAUAAUAUUAUAGUCAAAUAAAGCCAAUAAUAUUUCUUCGGCGUCUUUCUCCUAUAUUUAUCUUUUCAGCAAAAUGCAAUAACUUUCUAAUCUAUAUAAGAUUAAAAUUUCAAAACGUAGCUUGAAGUGCAAUCAAAGUGUCAUAUUUUAAAUUGAAGAUUCUAUAUCAUUUUUGAAGGUGCGGUUGAAUAUUCGAAUAGGAGCUAAAACACACUUCUAUAUCUGAAAUGGAAUUGUCCAGUAUUCUACCUGCUCCAGUUCAACUAAUUUGGGAUCGAGAUGAUGAACGCAGAAAGAGGGCAGCUUCUCAACCUUCAAAACAACUGGUCAGUGCUCAAAGUAUUGCACCACCCUAUGGUCAGAGAAGAGGAUGGGUUCCCAGAAAUGUUACAGAUUACGGAGAUGGUGGUGCAUUUCCCGAAAUUCACGUCGCACAAUAUCCUCUUGAAAUGGGACAAAAAAAAGAUUCUACUUCAAAUGCGCUAGCUGUGCAACUGGGUUCUGAUGGUAAAGUAAAAUACGAUGCAAUCGCCAGACAAGGCCACGGUAAAGAUAAAAUUGUAUAUUCAAAAUUAUCCGAUUUAUUACCAGUAGAAGUAGUAGACGAAAAUGACCCGAGUUUGGAAAAACCUACUCAAGAAGAAAUUGAUGAUAUAACGGAAAAGACCAGACAGGCUUUAAUGAAACUCACCAAUUCCAAAAUAGCGGCCGCUAUGCCUGUUAGAGCAGCAGAUAAGCAAGGCCCAGCGGAAUUUAUCAGAUACACUCCCUCUCAACAAGGCGCGGCAUUCAAUUCAGGUGCCAAACAGAGAGUUAUAAGGCUUGUAGAAGCCCAAACUGAUCCUAUGGAACCUCCAAGAUUUAAGAUUAAUAAAAAAAUACCAAGAGGUCCUCCAUCUCCCCCUGCCCCUGUUUUACAUAGUCCUACAAGAAGAGUUACUGUUAAGGAACAAAAAGAAUGGAAAAUACCACCAUGUAUUUCUAAUUGGAAAAAUGCUAAAGGAUACACUGUGCCUUUGGAUAAAAGACUUGCAGCUGAUGGCAGAGGUUUGCAACAACUUCACAUUAAUGAAAACUUUGCCAAACUCGCGGAAGCGUUGUACAUAGCUGACAGAAAAGCUAGGGAAGCUGUAGAAACUAGAGCCCAAUUAGAAAAGAAAUUAGCGCAAAAAGAAAAAGAAGCAAAGGAGGAGCACCUGAGACAAUUGGCACAGAAAGCUAGGGAUGAAAGAGCUGGUAUUAAAACGGCACCAGGCCAUUCUAGAGGAACUGUUGAUGAGGAAGAACACGAACGUGAUUUGUUGCGUCAAGAUCGUCACAAAGAACGUGCACGUGAUAGGAAUCUAGCACGUGCAGCUCCAGAUAAGCGUAGCAAACUUCAACGAGAACGAGAAAGAGAUAUUUCUGAGCAAAUUGCUCUAGGAAUGCCAGCUAAAAGUGCAACCUCCAAUGAAACUCAGUUUGAUCAGAGAUUAUUUGGACAAGCCCAAGGUUUAGGUCAGGGAUAUGGCGAUGAUGAAGCCUAUAAUGUAUAUGACAAACCUUGGAGAGAAGGAGGUUCUAUGGCUAACAAUAUUUACAGGCCUAGUAAGAAUAUAGAUAAAGAUAUGUAUGGAGGUGAAGAUAUAGAGAAAGCUAUUAGGACGAAUAGGUUUGUACCGGAUAAGGAGUUUGGUGGUACCGAUCGUUCUGGUACAAGUCGAUCGGGACCUGUACAGUUUGAAAAAGAAGAGGAUCCCUUCGGUCUAGAUCAGUUCUUGUCGCAAGCUAAGAGAGCCAGUAAAAGAAAAGAACCGGAAAAAAGGGAUGACAGGGAUAAAAGAUCUAGAAGAGAUUAAAAAUAAUUUUUAAGUUAAUUGUAUUUAUAGAAUUAUCAAUAUACAAUUUUAUUAGUUAGAAA